AUGUCCGCCACCGCGGAGGUCCUGGUGCUUUCCUCCUCGCCGGAGCGCAAUCCAGUCCAUACGCCAGCGCCGCCUGCAUAUGAUCCCGAAAGGCUCUUCGGAUUGUCUCCAGUAGAUGUCGAAACGACUCCGAUACCGUCUCCGUCUGAGUUAUUCUGUCCUUCGACGCAUUCUAAGUUUUUCGAGGUUGGGAAUCGAAUCGAUGAAUCGCGCCGGAAGGGAUCCCGCAAGGAUUCCAGCAACUUGACGAAUGGUGAAUCGGCUGCUAUAACGCUAGAGGAAGAACCGGUGGCAGAUAAACCGAAGCGAAGGGGUAGGCCAAAGAAGGACCAGAAGAAGGCUGCGGAGGAGUCGGGGUCUGUCGCGGGUACCGAGAAGACUACUGCGAAAAAGACUACAACAGGCGCGAGUAAGAAACGCACUGAACCUGCGACGAAGCGCUCGAAGCCGGCAAAUAAGACGAUCUCUGGGAGGGUUGCGAAGGCGGGCAGUUCGCAACCCAAGGAGGCUGGCGAGAAGGCCGUUUGUCCGUUGACGCCACAGGCUGUUCUGCCCCAGCAGACUACGAAGGAUGUGCUUGAUUGGGAAAGGGAUGGUUUACAGCUUGAACCAGCGAUGACGAGGAGAUUGGACUGGACACCUACAACAAAAAAGGCUAAGGAAGUCGUUCAGUUGGAAGGGAAGUUAGGGCCAGAUGAUAUUACAAGGGGCUUUGGUAACCUGUUGUCAGAGUAUGGGUUCAAUGGGUCUGCUGCUCCAGCAAGCGACUACGUGCCUUCUGAUAAUGGUGCACCGACGAAGCGAAGGCGGAUAGAGCUGGUCGAUCCCGGAGUAUAUCCUACUUCCAGACAAAGUGUUGCCGACGAUAGUGAGAAGGAUAGCACAGAGGGAACACGCAAGUCAACACCGGCUACUCGAAAGAAACCCACGCAACGUGCCAAGAAGUUCACCACACUCACUGCCCGCGUGACAGCGAAGUAUAUCAACGAGUCUACAGAAGGUUCAGAUGUCGUGGAGGAAGAGACACCAAAAGCGAAGCCUAGAGCUUCACGAUCCAAGAAAAAGGGCCAGGAACCCGAGUUUGUGGUGCUCUCCCCCGAAGAAGCUGCCAAAUCCCUCGAUGAUCAGGAGCUGGUAUUCGGCACGUGCAGCCAGCUGGAGCGCGAAGACUCGCCCACUAUUAUAAGAGAGCUGCAGGCAGCUAUUAGCGAGUCGGAACGGAGCAUGACACUGGAAGCCGGCGGUCGUCCGCACCGAAUGCAGAGCAGGGCAUCUUCUGCAGUAUCGCGUUUCAAUGGCUCAGGAAACUUGUGGUCAGUCGCAUCUCGAGAUGUUGACGGCUCUCUGAUGCAGGUGGAGGUGGUUGAUCUCAUCGAUUCGCCAGAUAGAUCUGAGACUAUUACUCCGGAUGAGCAACCUAGCAGCGACAGGGGAGAAGCUGAAGCCGAAUGCAAUACCAGCGAUAUCAACCCUACCCAGACAGAUAGCGACCAGGCGAAGGCUACUUCGACCAACGAAGCACAGCUUAUUAUACCUGCUCCAACGACUCAGACAACGAACAAGAUGACUCAGAAUUACACAUCUGUUGCCCGCAAAUCUGACUCUAAAAUGCCGCAAUACAACGACUUCACAGAUGCCCAGUUAUCGAAACAGGCUGCUUCAUUCGGCUUCAAGCCACUCAAGAACCGGAAGAAGAUGAUUGAGCUGCUUGAAAAGUGCUGGAAAGCAAAGAACGGCGUAUCCUCGGAGACAAAUGCCGAGAACGCACAGCAGGAUCCGUCUGUCGAGCCUGCGCCAGCGCCUGUCCCGGGCAAUAAGCCAAAAGGAAAAGGCACGACACGGAAGACUACCACGAAGGCGAAAGCCAAAUCCCAACCCAGUACAUCAUCAAAGUCAACAACAGAAGCUAUAUCAACAAUAACAAAAUCCACCCACUCAAACAACCCCAACCCUACCACUAUACCCUCAACCUCACCUCCCAAACCAUCCCCCUCCUACGCCAACGUCGAAGAAAUCGAAGACUCCGAAGACGAUUCCGACCCUAUCCCUUUCCCCUCCCCCAGCCGCCUCCUACCCAAAAUCCCCCAAACGAAGCACAAACACGCCCCCUCCCUCCCCACAUCCAACAUACCAUCAAGUCCCAACCGAACUACAACCACAUUCACACCCAUCCCCAAAGACCCAGAACCCCCCGCCAUCCUCCUCCUCCUAACCGACCAAAUCACCAAAGCUGUCCGCGCCCAAUCCGCAACCCGGACUGCAUCAUCCCAUAUACAAAAUACUCCUCACACGAAGAAACAAACCUGGCACGAGAAAAUCCUCAUGUACGACCCCAUUCCUUUGGAAGAGUUCACGACAUGGUUAAAUACAGAAGGAUUGGGUCUUGUGAACGAGGACCGGGAGGUCGGGGCUGGGUUCGUGAGGAGGUGGUGUGAGAAUACCAUACCCUCUACCACAGAGAACCCAACACCAACGUACCCAGAAACUAACACCAAUAUCCGGUCAACUACUACUACUACUACUGCUGCUGCUGCUGCUGCUGCUUCUUCCUCCUCCCACCCCUUUUCGCCUUCUUCUGAGGCACAUUAUCAGUAG